CGGAGGAUCUUGGGGCUUGUCUGGGUCCGCUCCUGAGACGUGACCACCCGCCCCGCCGGGGCCCCCAAUCCCAGCUGCUUGAUCCGGCUCAGCCCGGAGGUGUUUGCAGCAGCUCUUUAUGAAAGUCCGGCCAUCUGUUACCUGCGUUGCUUCCUGGGGAGGGAUAGUCCACCUGGAGGCAUUCGGAGACCCGGUGAUUGUGCUCCGCGGAGUCUGGGCUGUGCCCCGCGUUGACUGCCUCAUAGAUACCCUCCGAACCCCAAAUGCCAGCUGCAUGAGAAGAGCGACUCACCUUCUGGUCCCCUGCCUGGAAGAGGAAGAGCUGGCAUUGCACAGGAGACGGCUGGACAUGUCUGAGGCACUGCCCUGCCCGGGCAAGGAGACCCCCACCCCAGGCUGCAGGCUGGGGGCCCUGUAUUGGGCCUGUGUCCACAAUGAUCCCACCCAGCUCCAAGCCAUACUGGAUGGUGGGGUCUCCCCAGAGGACGCCACCCAGGUGGACAGCAAUGGGAGGACAGGCCUCAUGGUCGCAUGCUACCACGGCUUCCAGAGUGUUGUGGCCCUGCUCAGCCACUGUCCUUUCAUUGAUGUGAACCAGCAGGACAAAGGAGGAGACACGGCCCUCAUGUUGGCUGCCCAAGCAGGCCAUGUGCCUCUGGUGAGUCUCCUGCUCAACUACUAUGUGGGCCUGGACCUGGAACGCCGGGACCAGCGGGGGCUCACGGCGUUAAUGAAGGCUGCCAUGCGGAACCGCUGUGCUGACCUGACAGCAGUGGACCCUGUUCGGGGCAAGACGGCCCUGGAAUGGGCAGUGCUGACCGACAGCUUCGACACCGUGUGGAGGAUUCGGCAGCUGCUGAGGCGGCCCCAAGUGGAGCAGCUUAGCCAGCACUACCAGCCCGAGUGGCCGGCCUUGUCGGGGCUUGUGGCCCAGGCCCAAGCCAAGGCCCAGGCCCAGGUUGCCCCUUCACUCCUAGAGCGGCUGCAGGCUACCUUGAGCCUCCCCUUUGCCCCGUCUCCUCAGGAGGGGGGUGUUCUGGACCACCUUGUGACUGCCACAACCAGCCUGGCCAGUCCCUUUGUCACCACUGCCUGCCACACUCUGUGCCCUGACCACCCACCUUCGCUGGGCACCCGAAGCAAGUCCGUGCCAGAGCUGUUAGGUACUGCCCCGCCCCCACCCCUGGUUCCCCAGUCCCCGCCAGGGAGUCCCCAGAGGUCCCCGUGGGUCUUCGUCCCCUACCAGAGCCCUCAGGGCAUAUUGAGCAAGUGCCUUCAGUGGCUACAACCCAAGGAUAGCACCAGCCCCAGGCCCCAAGUCCCCAAGAUCCUCCUCUCCAAGGCAUCCUCAUCCCCCUACCAGUGCCAGCCGAAGCCCAGUCCUGCAGGACAUCAAAGUCUGGCCCUUCCUCUCUGGCGAUACCAGGAGCUCAGGAUACAGAAGAGGAAACAGGAGGAGGAGGAGGCCAGAAUGGCACAGAAGUAGGGGAAGAUGGGAUAGGACAGGCUGGGAACAGGUAAUCAGGCCCCUCCCAAGGCUUCUUUCCCCUCUGGAGUGCCUCCAGCCUCCCCAUCCACCUCUGCCUAAGUAAAUCUGCUCUCAACCUAUACACAUACAAGGUCAUUCAUUCCAGCAUUGUUUGCAAGAGUGAAAGAGUGGAAACACCUGAAGUGUCCAUCAGUAAGGGACAGGCUAGAUUGAUUACGGAUGUAAUUGCUGUCCAUCCAUACAGUGCAUACUCUACAGUGUAUUCUAAAAUAAGAUUAAGGAAGCUGUUUAUAUUCUGAUAUGAAACUACCAUCAAGAUGUAUAAAGUAAAAAUAACUAAGGAGUGGAGGAGUGUAUAUGGCAUAUUAUUAUUGGUCGAAGUAAAAUUUUCACGAAGAUAAACAUGACUAAGACAAAUA